AUGAAUCGGGAAAAGGUCGCACUCUUGUCCAACCAAGAGGAUGAAAGACUGAAAAACAGAGAUAAGAGCAGAUUCGGAGUCACAUUCAUACUAUGUACGAUGCCUCUCCUAGAUGCUCUGUUUUUGGUAUUCUGUUUGACAAGGAAAAGAUUUGGGAGGUUUUUCAAUUUAGUGAACUCAGUUUGUCUGGUUUACGUCAUGAUUUUAAUCGCAACAACUCUUUUAGGGUAUUAUGGGAUUUAUAGGAAAAACUACCUUGCUCUCAGGUCCUCUAUCAGUAUGUUUACCUCUCAGAAUCUGUUUAUUUUGCCAGUUUGCGGAAUCUUUCUAAUACUGUUUGUGGUUCGACCGGAACUCUUGAGAGAUCACCAUGCUGACCCCUUUUUUACUUAUUUCGAGAAACAUCGUAUUUUGGGGAUACUUUUUAUAGUGUUCAUAAUCCUCUUGAGAAUUGCAAACUUGCUCCUGACUUGGUAUUGUGGUGAACUUGAAUCUUCAUUUGAGGUUGUGAAUCGGUUAAAACAUGUUAAAGAUGGUCUGGACUCAUACUCAAAUAGUGAUCAAUUCCCUAUAGAUCUCAAGGACGAAUUUGACCAUAUUUAA